UAUACACCGUCCUUAUCACUUUGCUGUGCUCUCGCAAAACCUUCGUGCAGGCAGAAGAAGCAUAGCAAACAUGGCGGCAGCCGCGCAGCAACAGCCGAGAGUGUUGUCAACGAAAGAAGCCGACAUUCAGAUGAUGUUGGCUGCUGAUGUUCAUCUCGGCACCAAAAAUUGUGACUUUCAGAUGGAGCGUUAUGUCUUCAAACGCCGAAAUGAUGGAAUUUUCAUCAUUAACAUCAUGAAGACAUGGGAAAAGCUUCAGCUUGCUGCACGUGUCAUUGUUGCUAUUGAGAACCCUAAGGACAUUAUUGUACAAUCUGCUAGAACAUAUGGUCAGAGGGCUGUCUUGAAGUUUGCUCAGUACACUGGAGCCCAAGCUAUUGCUGGACGUCACACUCCUGGAACUUUCACCAACCAGAUGCAAACCUCAUUCAGUGAACCCCGCCUUCUCAUCCUAACUGAUCCAAGAACUGAUCACCAGCCCAUCAAGGAAGCAGCCCUUGGGAACAUUCCCACUAUUGCUUUUUGUGACACUGAUUCACCCAUGCGCUAUGUUGAUAUUGGAAUCCCUGCGAACAAUAAGGGAAAACACAGCAUUGGUGUUCUGUUCUGGCUCUUGGCAAGGAUGGUGCAGCAGAUGCGUGGUGCUAUUGCUCCAGGCCACAAGUGGGAUAUCAUGGUGGAUCUCUUCUUCUACAGGGAGCCAGAGGAGUCUAAGGAACAAGAGGAGGAAGAAGUUGCGGCGAUACAAGAUUAUCCAGAUUACAGUAAUACUGCUAUUGGUGUUGACUGGGGUUCUAGCCAGAUCACAGAGGGCCAAUGGAAUCAAGACACAGUUGCUGCUCCUGCUGGUGAUGGUUGGGCUGCGGAUGCUGCUCCUGCUCAAAUCGAUGGAGGAUGGGAUGCUGCUGCCCCACCACCGGUUCCUGUUGUUGUACCAGGUGUGGUCGCGGAUAAUGCAGCAACUGGGUGGGACUAAAAAUCUACAGACUGUUUCUUCUUAAAGAAUGCUAGAUUAUCUUCCGCUCCUUUCAUGAAUUUAUAUGAUCAAUUAUUUACGAUGUUGUAGUAGUUUUUCUUCAUGCAAAGAAUUUUGACUGGUUUUGAGCGUUUUUAACUUCCCAUACAUUUUGUGUUUGCCUUCCAGAUUAUCUGUUAAAUGCUGAUUUUUGUUUGGUCUUGUUUCCACUGCAUAUUAGUGGUGAACAUAGUUAGGGGUUAGAUUUGUUCAGUAGAAGCCAUUCUUUAGUAAUCGUGCAUGGAAUUAUUUUAAAUGAUUUGGUUCAAGUAAAAAAACUGCGUCGUGAUGAUAUUUUCUUUAA